CCGUUCCAGAGGGUGAACCUCUGCAGGGUUACCGAUGAAUCGUUAGGCGAUACAGCAUGUGCAGAAAAGUGCACACAACGGACAUGCCUGGAGGGUAAUCAGUAAUAAAACACGCAGAUUGGCUUCUUUCCAUACUGAGGUGGUGGCAUAAUACCUCAUUUUUGAGCCAGCAGUGCCUGCAGUUCCUUUUUGGACUCCUGUGAUAAGAAAAACUACUGGCGGAAGUUAACUACUGAAGCCCCGACAGACCUGGAAUGGCCAAAUAUCAAGGUGAAGUUCACAGUUUGAAACUGGAUGAUGAUUCAGUCAUAGAAGGCGUAAGUGACCAAGUACUUGUGGCAGUUGUGGUCAGUUUCGCUUUGAUUGCUACCCUGGUAUAUGCACUUUUCAGCAGAAAUGCACAUCAAAACAUUCACCCGGAAAACCAAGAGCUAGUACGGGUGCUUCGGGAACAACUUCAAACAGAACAGGAUGCACCCCGUGCUGCCCGACAGCAGUUCUACACUGACAUGUCCUGUCCGAUCUGUUUACAUCAAGCUUCCCUCCCUGUUGAAACAAACUGUGGACAUCUCUUUUGUGGUACCUGUAUUGUGGCGUACUGGCGAUACGGUUCAUGGCUUGGGGCAAUCAGUUGUCCAAUCUGUAGACAAACGGUAACUUUACUGCUAACAGUAUUUGGCGAAAAUGACCAGUCUCAGGAUGCUGUAUCAUUGCAUCAAGAUAUUAAUGAUUAUAACCGGAGAUUCUCGGGGCAGCCCAGAUCUAUUAUGGAAAGAAUUAUGGACCUACCCACUUUACUGAGGCAUGCAUUCAGGGAGGUGUUUUCUGUCGGAGGCCUUUUCUGGAUGUUCCGUAUCAGGAUAAUACUUUGUUUAAUGGGGGCUUUUUUCUAUCUUAUAUCGCCUCUAGAUUUUGUGCCUGAAGCCCUGUUUGGAAUUCUAGGCUUUCUCGAUGAUUUCUUUGUCGUCUUUUUGUUGCUCAUCUACAUCUCUAUUAUGUACCGAGAAGUGGUAACACAGAGACUCAACAGAUGAGAAAAUGAGUGCACUAAGAUAUUUGAGCCAAUGUGUAAAAUCAAACAAAAGGACCGUGGCAGUUUAAAGCAUUUGAAUAUUAUCUUACGAGUUUAAAACCACUGUAUGACAAACAUUUGAUUGUCAUUUGGCAAAUGCCUAGCAAUAUAUGACUGGAAUUUUUACAUGUUGCAGGUUCCAAUAGUAAGGUUAGAAUUAUAGUGAUUUACAACUGUAUCUUCAUUCUGUGUUGUCUAUAAAGUUGUGGGAAAAAUAUGGAAUUAUAUAAAAUGGGAUGCUUCUAUAUCUUCUCCCCCACCAAACUAUUCAGGUUAACCGGAUGUAUAGUAAGGUAUCGUCAAAUGUACAGUUUAUCCAAUUCAUGCUUCUCGGUGAGUACCUACAUGAUAAUAUAUUGCUGUGAGACUCACCUACGUAUUUUGGUUACAAUAAAAUAUUGUACAAUAUUGGGGAAAAGUCAGUGUUUCUUUGAGUAGCUAGGUUUUGUUCAUUUGGAGCAGUUCUGCUUUUCCAUUCUGAUACAAUUCUUUGCUACCAGCUGAAGGGGAAAGAAGAAACUUGAACUUCGUGAAUUUGAUUUCAUAUUCUGGUUUACAGAACACUUCCUUAAGCGACAGGAGAAUUAACAAGUUGUGAGACACUGGACUCCAGUCAGCACGCUUGAUAUUCUCAGUUGUGGCAUUUCAGUUAAGAGUUCGGUCCUUUUUUACGAACAGUAUAUGAAAGUUACUUGUAAAGGGAAUUUUUGUUUCAGGAACCUGGGUGAUACCGCAGACACAUAGCAGUUUGGUGCGUUCCCGAGGAAGGUGCUUCUCCGUAGCUGUGAGCAUCAAAGACCUGAGGAGGGUACCAGGAACACAAUUUAAAUCUGACAAGAGAAAUUACUGGUGAGCUAUAGCAGCACAAUGUACAGAUCUGGCUAGUUUUCUCUUGUCAGGACACUUCUGUAAUACUGUCCCUAGAUGACAGACUAUAGUCCCGAUUCGUCAGGCCUUGUGCAGACUGAGAUGAUUCCGCAGGAGCGUUAUCUUGGUUUUGGGGUGACUACAGCAUAAGUACUUAACGCUCUCUUAUGCGGUGUUCUGUCUGAUAAGAAUCAAAACGGCGAGUGUUACGAAAUCUCAACUCCCUCCGCCGGCACUGGCCUUGAGUGACCUUGACAGCAGGGCUAGCCACUGACCCCCAGGGCUCGGGCAGCGCCAGCUCUGCGCCUG